AUGGCCUCCUGGCGCUCUAAAGCUCUCUUGGACAUACUGUCGCAGGAGCAGACGAAGGACAUCGACGGCUCCACUCCGGGCGCGCUCCAAAGCUCUCUUGGAUGUACUGUCGUAGGAGCAGAUGAAGGAGAUCGCCGGUUCCCCCCGGCCGCCCUCCGCUGCCACGACAACGAAGCCGGCGCACUAGCUACCCCUGUUGGUGUCGCCGCCGGGGAGCUGAUCUGGAACGGUUGUUGGGAAGAUGGCGGAAGAUUUCCCAAGGGCUCCGGUGGAAUUUUGUUUUUUGAUUGGAUUCAUGAUUUCAGCUUGCCAAUUUUCGAGGAUGCGGCAUGCAGCGCCGCCGCCCCCGUCCCAAAGUCUAAAGGUGUAGGGGAUUCCUUGGUUCAAUCAGCGGGGGGAUCCAGGUGCGGAAUCCUUGGUGAUGUUGCCAUUCCAGCUAUUCAGAUUUAUGGCAGUUCUCGUGUUGAGCAAACAAGCGUUAGUGGAGGUGGUGGCUCUAUCUCGGACAUUAAUGAGAGCGAGGGUGACAAUGUCGAUGCGAUUAGCCCAGGCUUGAAGGAGGGUGGUGAACCAUACCCAGUCGAUUCGGUCGUUGCAAAGCAGGCAGAUAGUUCGUGUGGAGCAUCUGCUCACUCCACGGGCAAGAUUGAUCCUCAAGCCCCAGGCUGGACCAGAAGAGUCAGAGUUGGGCAACAAGCCCCGGAUCGUGCGCCAUGCCCAGAUAGGGUGUGCGCGUUGGAGCAGACUAUAAGAGGCUAUGCUGAAAAGCUAGGGCCAAAUGUGAUUGAGCCUGAGAUUGGAUUAACAUUUGAUUCGUUGGGAGAGGCUUGCGAUUUUUACAAUAUAUAUUCUUGGGAACUUGGCUUUGGCAUAAGGUAUGGGAAGAGCAGACCGAAUUCAGAGAAGACAAAAUGCAUGCAAGAGGUGGUUUGUGGUUGCUCGGGGAAGCCAUUAAAGGAAAACAGCAUGUCUUGCAGAUGUGAAUGCCCAGCAAUGAUCUGUUUGUUGAGAACAGACGACAAUGGGUGGUACAUCACAGAGCACCGGGUUGAGCACAAUCACUCAUUGUCAAGCAUCCUAGUUCAUGGUCAUGGUCAUGGUCACAAUCAGACGACAAUGGGUGCUUCAGGCGGCGUAGAAUAA